AUGGGAAGAUACAGUGGAUUCGGAGGACAGCAUAAUAAGAAUAAGCAGUAUAAGAAGGCUAGAAAGACUGCAAGAAGAGGAAAAGACUUGGAUCAAGUAUGGAAUGAUAUACAACCAGACAAAAUAGAAGCGGCAUCAAAGCACGAGAUUGACCCAGAGUUGCCAGGACUGGGACAAUUCUAUUGUGUUCAAUGUGCCAAGUACUUUGUUGGUCAGACUGAUCUGGAUACACAUGUCAAGACCAAGAAGCAUAAGAGAAGAAUUAGAGAUUUGAAGGUUAAGCCAUACACUGUUGAGGACAGUCAGUUGCCAAUUGACAAUGGAAAGAAAUUGAGAAACAACACACCUGCCGCUGUUGCAGCAGCAUCAUUAGAUUCAUCCUCAGAUGAAAGAACAAUUGGAGAAAUGAUGGAGGCGUCAACAUCUUCUGGACCAAUAACAUCAUAG